AUGAAAAUGAGGAGGCAGCUGAGCCGCCUGUUACGAUUAAUCAAGCACUCGAUCGUCUCAAGUGCCUGCUCAGCUUCAAGGAGCAUGAACCAGAUGCACACUCCAUGGAGCUCACGAUACUCAUGCGCAUGCAAACACGCCUCCAGCAACAGGCAGCGCUUAAAAGAAGGCAAGAGUCACAAGAUAGCUGGUUCACAUAAUCCAUAA